AUGACCUUUCAUAAAAAUAAUAAUAUAUUCUCAUUAUCUGUAUGUCUAUGUGUCUAUCUCUGCUCAAUUAUAACCAUUUAUUUAUCUAUCUCUGUUCAUUUUCUUUCUUUUUUUCUGUCUAUCUAUCUAUCGAUUUCAUUCGGUUCAUUUUCUCUCUAUCUAGCUAGCUAUCACGGCUUGUUCAUAUCUAUCUAUCUAUUUCAUUCUGUUCAUUUUAAAUCUAGCGAUUUAUCUAUCUCAGUCUGUUUAUAUCUAUGCAUCUAUCUAUCUAUCUAUCUAUCUAUCUAUCUAUCUAUCUGUCGCUAUAUAUCACGGUUUGUUCAUAUCUAUCUAUCUAUCUAUCUAUCUAUCUAUAUAUCUAUCUAUCUAUCUAUCUGCCUGUCUCUAUUUAUCUAUCUCAGUCUGUUCAUAUCUAUGUAUCAAUCAAUCUAUCUAUACAACUAUCUGUCUGUCUGUUCAUAUCUAGCUAUCCAACUAUCUGUCCGUCUGUUCAUAUCUAUCUAUUUAUCUAUUUUCAUUUUCUUUCUUUCUUUCUAUCUAUCGAUCUCAUUCCGUUCAUUUUCUAGGUAUCUAUCACAGUUUGUUCAUAUCUAUCUAUCUAUCUAUCUAUCUAUCUAUCUAUCUAUCUAUCUAUCUGAAUAUUUAUUCUAG